AUGGAACAACGCAAUGCUGAGGUUUCCCUAAGUCCCAAUCGUCAAGAUCAAAAAUGGGCUCAACAUGUUUGUUACGCUCUCAUCGUGAUUCUUAAUCUGAGUACUUGGAUCGAUUUGAACAGUGUCUGGAUCGAAUUACCAUUGAUAUACAACAGUACACCUGAAGGCUGGACAUUACCUUCCAUAUUAUCGUUGAUCAUCAACCUCGCUAAUAUAUUUCCAAUCAUCGUUGUUCUCAUUCGUUUGAGAUUACGUGAACGUUUUUCCGAAAUACCAUACAUUUACACAAUAAUCAUCGUAGGUGUUGUCGCAUGUCUGGCGAUUGGAUUAUUUUGGAAAGAAACAUUGUACAUCUUUGGUGCUCAACGGAGUUAUGCAUUGAUUACAGCUGUAUUUGCAUUAGGAAUACUCGAUUGCACAUCUUCACUCGUUUUUUGUGAUUACAUGAGACAUUACAAAGUGAAAUACUUACACGCCAUGUUCUUAGGUGAAAGUUUCACGGCAACAAUACCGACUUUACUUGCAGUAGUGCAAGGUAUUGGCGGCGAAGCGAAGUGUAUACAAUAUAAUUCUACGUCACCUUUCGAACCGGUAUAUUCCGAACCGCGUUUUAGCGUAUCGGUUUUCUUCUUUCUGAUUAUGGGAAUUAUUAUCAUAUCGUUGGUAGCGUUCGUUAUUUUACGAACGUCGCCGAUUGUCGGAUUGGCAGGGGCAGAAGAACGAAUUAAUAAAGAAGAAUGUAUUGAAACAUGCGAAAUGUUAUUAAAAUUCGGUGAAGAUACUCCAGCAAUAAGAAAACUAUCCAUAACAAUACCGAAAUCAAUGACAAGAAAAGAAUUCGUUAUCAUUCAAUGGUUUAAUGUUAUCAAUUCAGGUAUUCUUUAUGGUUGUCUACCAACAAUCACCACAUAUUCAAUGUUACCAUACGGUCAACGAGCAUUUUACUAUUGCAGUAUUCUCUAUCCAUUAGCUUAUCCGUUAGCAGCUAUGCUUGCUUGGUUUCGUCAAACGAUAUCAAUUUUUUGGGUAUCUGCUGGCUCGAUCAUCGGCUGUUUCAUCUGUGGUUUUAUUAUUUUCAUUGCUUGUCAAAGUCCGUGUCCAAUUUGGGCAGAUACAACACAUGGUGGAGUAAUAAUGGUCUUAGCGUGGUUCAGUUCCACGUUUAUUUUAGCAUAUGUGCGGAUCGCCAGUGGAAAUAACAUCAAAUUGUACUGGAAAAAAGAAAGUGGAUUGUUUUAUUUCGGUUUUACUGUUCAAACAGGAAUCAUAUUCGGUGUUUUGCCAUUUUUCUUGAUAAUUAAUGUUUUUAAUUUGUUAAAAGAUAGGAAACCAUGUAUUACGUAUUGUAUCUGA